AUGGCCUCAUUCUGGAGUUGAUGAGCCAUCUCCCAGCCCUUUGAUUGAAAAUGAACCUUACUUGGUGGAGAAACACUGGCUAUAAAGAUCCUACCAAAAGGCCUGAAUUUAUACAGAGUAAUUUCACAAUCAAGAUGCAUUCAUGCCUAUAUAUAAUGCUGAUCCCACAGAAGGUGAAUACAGAACAGCAGCUCACUUUGACUCCCUUCACUGCACUUGGCUGGGAGUGGAACCUACACCAUGAAGGCAGUAGCUAUAUUUCUAAUGCUGACACUGAUGAACAUUUUAAAUGUGGAGUCAGUCCUAGAGAUACCAAUUGAUUGCAGUGGGUAUGAAAAACUGUCACCAGGAAAGCCUCAAAUGUGUACUCUUGAGUUAACACCAAUAUGUGCUUCUGAUGGGCAAACAUAUGGCAAUAAAUGUGCUUUCUGCCAUGCUGUUAAGCAGAGUGAUGACAACAUCAAAUUUGUACAUAUGGGGAAUUGUUAAAUUACAUCAGUUCGGAAAUGUCCCCCAGUGCUUUUUACUCCAUUAUAACAGUGCAAAAAACAUCUAAUUCCAGAAGAUUUUCCUUCUUCAGAAUUCGGAAAAUUGGAUCUUCAACCUUGAUUGAUAUUGUUGC